AUGGGAAACUUGAUGUCAUGCAGCACUCUUCCGACUCCGUUGAUGAAAACCACCAGGGCCGCCAGGGUUAUUCUCCCAGGCGGCGAAGUACGGCAGUUCCGGCAACUGGUGAAGGCAGCAGAACUCAUGCUAGAAUGUCCAAACUACUUCUUGGUGAACUCUAAGUCCUUGAAUAUUGGAAAAAGAUUUUCCGCCCUUUCUGCCGAUGAAGAUUUGGAGUGUGGCAACGUUUAUAUCAUGUUUCAGAUGAAACGCGUGAAUUCCAUCGUCACUGCAGCUGAUAUGGCGGUGGUUUUGAUGGCGGCGAACACUGCAGCGAGGCGGAUAGCCGGUGGCAAAGUUGAACCUGAGGUGGCGGCCGCCGCGGUGACAAGAGAUGAUGAUCAAGAAGUUGGGCGGUCGAGGUUGAAUUUGGAGGAGAUUGAAGGGUUUAAGGAUAUGGAAUAUAGAUUUAGAUUAGCAUCGUGCAAAUCAAGGAAGCCUUUGUUGGAUACAAUCACAGAAGAGCCUGUUUUUUCCAGAUGA